ACAUCUCAUUCCAGGCAUCGUUGCGCACCCGAGUCAGGCGAUGGCGAUGCGCGUUCGCCGCCUCGACGCAGACACCAACACAACGUUCUUCUAUGCAUCUAUUCUAAUCAUGUUCGUCUCGUGCGGACUGUACAACUUCUGCUUCAAGCGAAGGAUCCAAGCCCAGUUGCUUGCACAGCAACAAGCGGCGCAGGAACAGGUGUACCGGCAAGAUGUGAUCGCGAGCGAUCAAAGCAUGGAGAACUUGUGGGCGUGCGACGUGUGUGACUUCAAGAACUACGAUGGUCACAAAACGUGUAUCUUGUGCGGCACCGAGCGCGACUUCACUUUGUAUGGAAAGGUACCAUCGAAGCGAACAGCGGCGGUCGAGGACGGCAACAAAGCUGCAACGGCAGGGCUUUCCCCCACAAACUUUGUCCUCAUGAACGAUUCGACGCCGCGCACGAUCAAGAAGAAUCGCAAUUUUGCCAAGCUCCGACUCAACAACCUGAACAUUCGGCAAAAGGGAGCGCGGCGGCGACACGACUGGGUUCGCAACGUGGACGAGCAGAGCGGCAACAUUGUUUGGGGCCGGAAUCGAGACAUCCUGGACCACAAGGUGCUCAAGCGCAUUGUGGUGAAGGACUCGCUACCUCCCCUUGCGGACGACGGGGACUUUGACCUGCCGAUGCUGCGCGACUCGGUGUCGAGCGUGAGCUCGGUCGGCAGUAUCGCAAGUGUCGGGUACGUGAGCAAGAUGGUGAUGACGCCGAGGCACCCCGACGGGCGCAUGUCGUUCGAGACGGCGGAGGGCCAGACGGCGUUCCAGACGGUGAACCCGACCGUGUUUUCGUCGGCCGAACUCAAGGACGUGUCCCAGCUCUCGUUCCAGCAAAAGCACGCGUGGUUUGUCCAGUACACGUCGACGAUGGAGGUGCCGUGGGAGUACGGGCACAUGCUGCUCGAGAUCGACCGGGCCAACUUGCUCCACAACUCGUGCGAGCAGUUGCUGUGGGCAACCCACGACCAGCUGCACCAGUCGCUCCGAAUCAAGUUUUUGAACGAGCCAGGCGUUGACGCGGGCGGUCUCGAGCGCGAGUGGUUUACGCUCAUGACGGAAGAAAUUUUUGACGAACGCACGGGGCUCUUUGGCGCGUGCAUGGACAACGCGUACAUGAUCCGCGCCACGUCGAGCGAAGCGUCCGAGGACCAUCUCAUGGUGGGCGACGCUGGGAGUUGUCGUGCGUCACGUUGUGGUUGUAGUACUUUCAAGCGAUCGGGCGCUUUAUCGGGCGGGGGCUGUUUGAAGGGAUGCUGCUGGACGCCCACUUGGCGCUGCCUCUGUACAAACACAUCCUCGGGACGCCCAUCACGUUCUCGGACCUCGAGUUUAUCGAUGUCGAGCUGUACAACAACCUCAAGUGGCUCAAGCAGAACAAGGGCGUCGAGUCGCUCUGCUUGGACUUUAGUGUGAAUGUGGCGCAGUACGACAAGGUGCCGCUCACGAUCGACCUGUGCCCGAACGGCCGGCACAUCGCCGUCACGGACGACAACAAGGACGAAUACAUCUACCUCCGGUUCAAGUGGAUCAUGAUGACGAGCAUUUCGCCGCAGCUGGCAUCGCUGAUCAAGGGCAUCUACAGCGUCAUUCCGCUCGAGAUGCUGUCUGUGUUUGACCACCAAGAGCUCGAGCUCCUCAUGUGCGGCAUUCCGGACGUGAAUGUGGACGACUGGAAGGCGCACACGACGUACAUUGGAAACGAGUGCGACCCCCAAGUGAUCGAGUGGUUCUGGGAGGUCGUGACGGGUUUUUCGACCGAGCAGCGCGCACGGCUGCUGCAGUUUACGACCGGGUCGGCGCGGGUGCCAGUCCAGGGAUUCAAGACGCUCACGAUGAAUGACGGCCGCAUCUGCUUGUUUGCAAUCCAGGGCAUUCGAAAGGAAGAGUGCUUGUACCCGCGCGCCCACACAUGCUUCAACCGGCUCGACCUCCCCAUGUACUCGUCCAAGAAGGACCUCGAGACGGCGCUCACGAUGGUCAUCAAGAUGGAAGUCACGGGCUUUACGAUCGAAUAGCGUCAUUUUUUUAACAAACAGCCAUCGUGGUCCAUCCCCAGACAUGGAACCACACAGUCGUCACGAGCAUGCGAACGUUCGACUCGCGCUGAUGCGAUCUCG